ACUAAUUCAAAGGAUUUAAAGGAUUUUUUUAACACCAUUUCUCAUUAGAUGUGUUGUUCAUUGUUAAAUAACAAUGUACAUCGAUACAUCAGUUAGUUUUAUGUUUUUGCUUUGCAUAUUAUCUUCUGGGAAUAGUCAAACUUUAUCAGAUAUGAAACAACUUUACAGUGAUAUUUUAGCGAAUCACCAAAAAUCGUUAAUUCCAAAUUCGGAUUUCUCUUCUCCGUUAGAAGUAACAUUGCAAUUUCAUUUGAUGACAAUCACCCAAUUUCGAGAGGUGGAAGAGACUUUGCAGAUAGCGGCUGGAAUAUCAGCCUUCUGGACUGAUGGUGAAUUUUCAUGGACACCUUCUUCAUAUGGCAAUGCUGAAUAUGUAAUAGUGCCACAAACAACCGUUUGGACACCAACAUUAGUACUUUUAAAUUCUGUUGGUACAUUACAACCUUUGGGAUUAGGUAAUGAACUGUCUGUGACAAUCAAUUACAAUGGCUCUACGACUGUAUCGCUUGGUGAGAUAUUAUCAUCAAAGUGUAGUACAAAUAUAUACAAAUUUCCUUUCGAUUCACAAACAUGUGAACUAGAGUUUGCUGCCUGGGGUGUUUAUGCGAGGGACAUACGUUUGUUAGCAGUUUCAAACUCCAUUGACUUAUCCUCCUUCACACCAAACUCUGAUUGGGAUUUGGUAUCGAAUAUUGUGACAAAUCCGUCAACCGGAUAUUCUAUUUUUAAAAUUGAACUAACACUGAAACGUGCAUCGUUAUAUUACACAGUAAUAGUGAUUUGUCCUUUCAUUUUAUUUAGUAUUUUAAAUCCAUUGGUAUUUUUACUUCCGGUUGAGGCUGGAGAACGUAUUGGACUUGCAAUGACAGUAUUACUAUCUUAUACUAUUUUUCUGUCCAUGGUGCAAACGUCUAUACCUGCAGCGUCAAAUCCAAUGAGUCUUUUACUAAUCAUAAUGAUAGCGACUAUAUUGCUAAGUGGAAUUAUUGCUAUUGUUACCAUUUACAUAACAUCACUUUAUUACAGAGAGGAAUCGACAAAAAUGAACAUUCUUUUGAAAUUUAUCGGGGAAAAAUGGCAAAGGGGUAACAGAAUUACCCACGUCAAGCCGAUGUGCAAAGAUGGCGAGAAGGACAAUAUGAAAAGUAAAACUGAUAAUAUAUUUAUAAAGUGGAAGGAUGUGUGUGACGGACUGGAUAAUUUCAUGAUGGUUAUAACGUAUUCUGCCACUGUGGUUCUUGUUUGUGCCUAUUUUAUAACUAUAUCUAUAUAAUUAUUCAUGUUAUAUCCUAUUUACAAUAUGGGGUGAUUAAUAUUUUCAAAUACAUCAUACUUAUUUAACUUAUAUUAAGCGAUUGCUACUUGAAGUUCGGUCGACUGAAGUUUGUGGAGCGGGAUUUAAAUCUAGAAUAAGAAAAAGAGUGCUGUCGAAAGUUAUCUAAUUUUGAGCUUUCAUCAUAAAGGUUAGGUAUUGGAAUUGUUAUAGCAACUUGAAGAGUUCUUUUAAAUUUGAAGGAUGUUUUGUUCUGUCAAGCUGUCCCGUUUUUUUAACAAUUGGUUGAACAUUCAGUAUCCAUUUUCAUUCUUGUCUGUCUUGUAUAGUUUUAUUGAUGUGAUUACGUGCGAUACAGUCAAAGAUCUAAAGAGUCUCAGAAACCAAACUUUUAUUUGAAUAUACUGUCGAAUCAUUUCUGUUCGUGGGUCCCAAUUUUCGUGGAUAAAUGAAAACUUGCAUGUUUGUGGAUAUUUGAUUUCGUGGUCUUGUCGAAGUCUGCAUACAAGCCUAUAGAAUCUAAAGUAGUCGCAAAGUUGCAGUUAACUUUACUCUUGAUAGAAACAAUGGUUAAAACUUCAAUGAAUCGACAAGUGGUAUAUGGCGCUGGACAUAGUAAACACGGUGUUGUCAUGAUGUCACACAAGAAGGGGUUCGAAUCCCGUU